AUGAUAUGUGUGAAGUAUUUCCACAAGUACUUAUACGGUCAAAAAUUCCUCCUCAGAACUGACCAUGCAGCACUUAAAUGGUUGCUGCGGUUUAAAGAACCGGAAGGUCAGCUGGCGCGGUGGAUUGAACGUUUACAAAGUUACGACUUUACUAUUGAACAUCGUAAAGGAAGCCAUCAUGAAAACGCUGAUGCAUUAUCACGUCGCCCUUGUGGCCUCGAGUGCAAACAUUGUUUACGGGUCGAAAAUAAAGAACACAUUGUGGAUAUACGUCUGAUUAAUGCUCUUCCAGAGGAGUCGUGGACCAAUGAGCAGAUACAAAAAGAACAGCAGAAUGAUGCAGACCUCUCCAAAAUAAUGGAAAGUAAAGAGCUUGCAUCUGAAAGAUGGUUGUUUAUAUCGGGUAUGGGAAAGUGA